AUUGCCCACGUUUGCAUCUCCCACCGCCUAGGCUCCUGCGUCUUGCGUCUCUCUCCCCAGAUCUAUCGAUUGGCUCGGGGUGCACUUGGCCUCGGUUCGAAACCGCAGGGAGCGGAGCGAGUGAUUCCGCCAGAUUCGAGUCGACAUGAAUCCCGAGUACGACUACCUUUUCAAGCUCCUGCUUAUUGGUGAUUCUGGCGUUGGGAAGUCAUGUUUGCUUCUCAGAUUUGCAGAUGAUUCAUACAUGGAUAGCUACAUCAGCACAAUUGGAGUUGAUUUCAAAAUUCGGACAGUAGAGCAAGAAGGAAAGACCAUCAAGCUUCAAAUUUGGGACACUGCUGGGCAAGAACGUUUCAGGACAAUUACAAGCAGCUACUAUCGAGGAGCUCAUGGAAUUAUUAUCGUAUACGAUGUGACCGACCAAGAGAGCUUCAACAAUGUCAAGCAAUGGUUAAAUGAAAUUGACCGUUAUGCAAGUGACAAUGUUAACAAGCUCCUUGUUGGGAACAAGAGCGACCUAACUGCCAACAAAGUUGUGUCAUCGGAAACAGCAAAGGUGUUUGCUGAUGAGAUGGGCAUCCCAUUCAUGGAGACAAGUGCCAAAAACGCCACCAAUGUGGAGCAAGCCUUCAUGGCGAUGGCCGCGUCCAUCAAGGACAGGAUGGCUAGCCAACCAGCCACGUCUAAUGCAAGGCCACCGACCGUGCAGAUCCGCGGGCAACCUGUGAACCAGAAGACCUCUUGCUGCUCGUCCUAAGAUUGCUUGAUUUCGUUUACUCCACGUGUAAACGUGCUAUUACUACUAUUUGUGCACACAAAUGUAUUUGCAUUAUUCAUUCUGGACACCCCUGUUCGUUGGCCAGAUGAUUAGAGAGCUGCAUAUAUGUAAGAACAUUGCUGAUAGGCUCUUCAGUGUUCACUCAGCUUGGAGUAAACAGCAUCAGUUAUUUCAUUCUUUUUCUGCUUA